AUCAAACAGCCAGUCCGACACUCUCAGCCAGGCAGAACCAGUAGUAUGUGGUUCAGCUUUUCUUUCUGGGAACGUAAAUAGAGCUGAUGGAGACUGCGGGCACUGCCGUGACAGACGCUGAAUUUCACACGCUAUCGUUAGUUUACUUAAGCUAGCCUGUCUGCAUCUCUGAACUUUCCACUUAACUUCACUUCACCUCCCUGUUCAAAAGAGCGGCACCGGACACUUGAACGGACGUUGGUGUGUAGAUGCCAAGCUAGCACAGAUUGACAGUCAUGUCAGGUGUGGCGUUACAGAGCAGUGGCCUGCUGGACCUGGCACAGGGGGAUAUUCUUGACCCGGAGUUUCAGCAGCGGCUGGAAGAUGCCCGUACGCUGAUAAGGCAGGAGAUACAGCGAGAGCUGAAGAUAAAGGAGGCCGCCGAGAGGCUGCGGCGGGCUGUCACAAAUCGCAAGAGCGCAUCUGAUGUGGAGGGCCAGCUCAAGGCUUCAAACCGCAAGCUUGAGCUGCUGCACUGGCAUCUGCAGGAGCUCAAUGCCAGGGCUAUGGCCACAGAGAGAAACAGCAACACAGGUUGCUCAGAGGCUCCUGACAACAUGUUACCAGACUCCUGUCGGUGGGGAAACACCGCAUCGCCACGAGCCAGUCGCAUCAAAUCCCUGAAGAAACAGCUGACCAUAGAGACCAAAGUCAAACAGGGGGCCGAGAACAUGAUCCAGACUUACACCUGCAGCUCUGUCAAGGACCGAAAGAUGGUGUCUGCAGCCCAGCAGAUGUUACAGGACAGCCGCACCAAGAUUGAGUUGCUCCGCAUGCAGAUUAUCAAAGUCGGCCAAGCCAAAGAAGAGGAGCACGAAGCCAUAGAUGGCCGCUCCACGGAAAUAAUCAGUCCUCUGGAGCUGCGGAUAGCUGAACUCAGGCACCACCUGAAGAUCGAAUCAGCCGUAGCAGAGGGGGCCAAGAAUGUGGUGAAGCAGCUGGGUGGGCGUAAGAUCCAGGAUCGCCGGAUACUUGCAGAGGCCCAGGCGCGGAUGCAAGAGUCCUCUCAUAAGGUGGAUUUGCUGCGUCUUUCCCUGGAGAAGCGCUUAAGCGAGUUGCCUCACGACCAUCCCGAAUGUGCUGCCAUCAAGCAGGAGCUGAUGCUGGGAUUCUCACCUUCUUAUGAUGAAUCAAGAAAGCACUCAGACUCCUCUUCCUCUACCUCUUCUUCCUCCUUCUUCAAACCAGCCAGCCUUACAGGGCGGCUGGAGGUGUGCAUGAUGGGUUGUCAGGACCUGUUGGAGUCUGUUCCAGGCCGCUGUCUUGUGGCCAGCACAUCAGCCAUCCCUGGGAGCUUUAUAGAUGGAAAAUUUCCAAAGAGGAGAGCCGGCCUGUCAGGACGCAGUACUUCUUGCAAAACCAAGGCCGAGGAGUUGUCCACUGAGAUCAGCGCCGUGCUGAAGGUGGACAACAGGAUUGUGGGGCACACACACUGGAGACAGCUGGGCAAAGACGCCUGGGGCCAGAGCUUCAGCAUUGAACUGGAACGGUCCAGAGAGCUGGAAAUUGGUGUUUAUUGGAGGGACUGGCGGGCCUUAUGUGCAGUGAAGUUCCUGCGCCUGGAGGACUUCCUGGACAACCGACGGCAUGGCAUGUGUCUGUACCUGGAGCCUCAGGGCAUCCUCUUCAUUGAGGUGACUUUUAUCAACCCUGUCAUUGAGCGGCACCCGAAACUACAGAGGCAGAGAAGAAUUUUCCCUAAAGAAAAAGGCAAAGAUUUCCUACGGGCUGGACAGAUGAACAUGAACUUUGCCACUUGGGGUCGCCUGAUGAUGACAAUGCUGCCGGCAUGCAGCUCCCUGGAGGCCCUGAGCCCCCCUUUUGAAAGGCCUCAUGCUGCCCCCACAUCCAUUACCUAUCCACAAGGAGAUGCAGCUGUGAUGAAACUGAAUUUCACAGAACAACACCCCGUCAAACUCUCAAAUCAUGACAUGGGCAAGACUGCUAACGACACUGCAUUGCGCACCACGGAGAGCCACAACUCCAAGGGUCAGCCCAUGACUCAGUUCACUCCAAACAGGAAAGAAGGGCUGCAGAUGGAAGCCUUCAACUGCAUCUCAGUUCUGGGAAGAGGUCACUUUGGAAAGGUGCUGCUAGCAGAGUAUAAGAAGUCAGGCAAACUGUACGCCAUUAAAGCCCUGAAGAAAGGAGACAUGAUCACACGCAAUGAAGUCGAAAGCCUGAUGUGUGAAAAGAGGAUCUUUGAAACCAUCAACGCGUCCCAGCAUCCUUUCCUGGUGAACUUGCAUGGCUGCUUCCAGACUGCUGAUCACGUGUGCUUCGUGAUGGCCUACUCCCCCGGAGGAGACCUCAUGACACACAUUCACACCAGCAUCUUCACUGAGAAACAAACCCGGUUUUAUUCUUCGUGCGUGUUGCUGGGGCUGGAGUUCCUCCACCUUAACAAGAUUGUUUAUCGUGAUCUGAAGCUGGAUAACCUGCUAAUGGAUGCAGAUGGUUUUGUCAGGAUAGCAGACUUUGGCUUAUGCAAGGAAGGUAUGGGCUAUGGGGAUCGCACUUCAACAUUCUGCGGGACACCAGAGUUUCUGGCCCCUGAGGUGCUGACAGACAACAACUACACCCGCAGUGUGGACUGGUGGGGGCUGGGGGUCCUCAUCUACGAGAUGCUGGUGGGAGAGUCUCCCUUCCCUGGAGAUGACGAAGAAGAAAUAUUUGACAGCAUCGUCAACGAUGAAGUGCACUUCCCUCGCUUCCUCUCUCCUGAUGCUACGUCCCUCAUUCACAAGUUGCUGCAGAAAAACCCUGAGGAGAGGCUCGGAGCGGGAGAGCAGGAUGCCACGGAGGUUAAGAGACACAAUUUCUUCCAGGGAGUGGACUGGGACGCUUUACUGGCCAAGAGGGUGAAGCCUCCUUUCCUGCCAGCCAUCAAGGCACCACAGGACGUCAGUAACUUUGACGAGGAAUUCACUCGCCUCAAACCAGUCCUCAGUCUUCCAAAAACACCGUGCUUUCUCACUACUGAGCAACAACAAAUAUUUGCUGACUUUGACUACUCUUCCUUGAAUUGAGCAGUCACCCUCUGUAAAAAUGAACAUCUACGUUGCGUCCACACUUAACUGUGUUUGCCAAAAGUUCCUCUUGAUUCAGCAGAAGCAGAACGGCUCUGGUCCUCUGCAUGCAGCUCCUCAUUACCUCUGGUGUGGCCUGCUCGCUGCAGCACACGGCUGACCACCUGCUAUACUUGACCAACAUGUGUUCUGUAAUUUGUAUCUUUUGUCACUGUAGGGAUGCUCCCAUCUUUUUUAAAUUGAUUAAUCUAAAUUUAUCAGCUUUUACUUCUACCACUUUUUUGGCACUUUUUUGGUGUCUGGCACGUUAAUUUUUCACUGACACUUUUCUCAGCAGCCAUUUUGACAUGAAAUUGCAAUGUAAACACAGGUGUUACUAAUAAAAUAAAUUAAGGUUCUGUUCUGCUAUUGAUCAUUAUGGUUCAUUGAAAAGGCUAAAUGUAAAUGGAACAGAACCCUAAUUAAUAUUUACUUCUGUUUACCCUGCUAUUUCAUGUCAAAAUGGCUGCUGUGAAAAAGGUCUACCGUUUUAGGCCUGUUGUUUCUGCUGAGCUGUAAGAGAAUGACACGGUUGUAGAUAUUACACCAAUUAUGAUUUGUAUUAUGUCACAAGUAUAUUGUUUGUUUUUUUCAUAAACUGAAGUCAGGCGUGUGAUAUUUUAAAUACCUGCAGCUAUGACACUGCCCUCUCAGUCAGAAACACUACUAAACUGGGAUCUGAAUGAAGAAAUUUCACCCUGAAGCUCUGAAUGUGCCUUGUGCUGCUCUGUGCCUCCUGUUAGAAACUAUACAUGUUGCUUGACUUCGAUGUACUGGACAGCUAGAUAUUGCCAACCAUGAAGUUUAGGAAUGUCAAAAAGAACUAUGAAUGAAGUGCCACGAUAACUGUAAAUGAUAUAAAGGAAAAUAAAAUAAAUACAUUUACAGCUAUGAAUAACACGAACAUUAUUGA